UUUAGGUUGAUGCAGCAGGAAGAGUUUAUAGAUCUGAAAUGGAAGCUAAAUCUUCAUUUGAGAAAAUUAAUAGAUCAUCUGAGUCUGCGUCUACAUUAAGUAAUGAAGACUUUGUUGUGGUUCAUCAGCAAUCUGAGGAUUCUUCUGCAAAAGAUGAGAAACCUCAGCUAAAGAUAUUUUCAAAUGGAGAUGAACAAUUGGAGAAAGCCAUGGAAGAGAUACUGAGGGAUUCUGAAAAAGGCCAAAACAAUUAUGCUACUGACUAUGAAAGCUCCAGUGUUCCUUGUAAUCAGGCAGCUGGAGAUGUGUCAGCCUGUCAAGCAAAUCACCCAUCACCAUCUUUACAUCUAAUUCUGGACCCUUCUAUUACAGAAAUCUCUGCUCCCAGACCCUCUUCCCCCAGUGAACCACCUGAAGAGGACAGUGUAUUGUUUAAUAAACUGACAUACCUAGGCUGUAGAAAGGUUUCUGCCCCUCGCAAUGAGCCAGAAGCGCAGUGUGCAAUGGCCGCUAUGAAAUCCUCAAGCCAAUCACCUCUUCCCGUGACUCUCUAUGUUCCGAAUGUCCCAGAAGGCUCUGUAAGAAUAAUUGACCAGUCCAGCAAUAUGGAGAUAGCUUCUUUCCCAAUCUACAAAGUGUUGUUCUGCGCACGGGGACAAAAUGGGACUCCAGAGUGUGACUGCUUUUCAUUUACUGAGAGCUGUUGUGGAACAGAAGAGUUUCAGAUUCAUGUUUUUUCCUGUGAGAUUAAAGAGGCAGUCAGCAGAAUUUUAUAUAGUUUCUCAACGGCAUUCAAACGUUCUUCCAAACAAGCAUCAGAUCACGUAAAAGACUCUGUUCUUCCUACCCCAGAUAGCGAUGUGUAUACUUUCACUGUCUCCUUAGAGGUUAAAGAAGAUGAUGGAAAAGGAAAUUUUAAUCCCGUGCCAAAGGACAGAGAGAAAUUUUAUUUCAAACUGAAACAGGGAGUUGAGAAGAAGGUGGUAAUCACAAUCCAGCAACUUUCAAAUAAAGAAUUGGCCAUUGAAAGAUGCUUUGGGAUGCUGCUAAGUCCAGGGCGAAAUGUGAAGAAUAGUGACAUGCAUUUACUGGAUAUGGAGUCCAUGGGAAAGAGCUCUGAUGGGAAAGCUUAUGUUAUUACUGGAAUGUGGAAUCCUAAUGCACCUACAUUUCUAGUACUUAAUGAGGAAACUCCUAAAGACAAACGUGUUUACAUGACUGUGGCUGUGGACAUGGUAGUCACAGAAGUAAUAGAGCCAGUCCGCUUUUUGUUGGAGACUGUUGUGCGUGUUUAUCCUGCUAAUGAGCGUUUCUGGUACAGGAAAACAUUCACAGAAACUUUCUACAUGAAGAUAAAACAGUCUGAAGGAAAAAGCCAUACAAGUUCUGGAGAUGCAAUUUAUGAAGUUGUAAGUCUACAGCGGGAGUCUGACAAAGAUGAAGAAUCGGUCAGCUCAGUGGGUGGAGGGGGUCCGGUAUCACCACAGGAGGAUGAAGUAGAAGAAGAGAGCGAUAAUGAACUCUCAAGUGGCACUGGGGAUGUGUCUAAGGAUUGCCCUGAGAAGAUUUUGUAUUCCUGGGGAGAAUUGCUGGGGAAAUGGCACAGUAACCUUGGUGUGCGACCAAAAGGAUUGUCUACAUUGGUUAAGAGUGGUGUUCCAGAGGCACUAAGGGCAGAGGUUUGGCAGUUGCUUGCAGGAUGCCAUGACAACCAGGCAAUGUUGGAGAAAUACAGAAUUCUCAUCACAAAGGAUUCUGUGCAAGAGAGUGUGAUUACACGAGACAUUCAUCGCACAUUUCCAGCACAUGAUUAUUUCAAAGAUACCGAGGGAGACGGGCAGGAAUCAUUAUACAAGAUCUGUAAGGCAUAUUCUGUCUAUGAUGAAGAGAUUGGCUAUUGUCAGGGACAGUCCUUCCUUGCUGCUGUGCUGCUGCUGCAUAUGCCAGAAGAACAGGCAUUCUGUGUACUGGUGAAUAUCAUGUAUAACUAUGGCCUGCGGGACCUUUACAAAAAUAAUUUUGAAGAUCUUCAUUGCAAAUUUUACCAGCUGGAGAAACUAAUUCAGGAACAGCUACCUGAUUUGUAUAGCCGUUUCACAGACCUGAACCUGGAAGCUCAUAUGUAUGCAUCCCAGUGGUUUCUUACCCUCUUCACUGCCAAAUUCCCACUCUGCAUGGUCUUCCACAUCAUUGACUUACUACUUUGUGAGGGUCUGAACAUAAUCUUUCAUGUUGCUUUGGCUCUCUUAAAGACCUCAAAGGAAGACCUUUUACAAGCUGAUUUUGAAGGGGCUUUAAAAUUCUUCAGAGUUCAAUUGCCCAAGAGAUACAGGGCAGAAGAAAAUGCCAGACGACUGAUGGAACAGGCCUGCAAUAUUAAGGUGCCCACAAAGAAGCUGAAGAAGUAUGAGAGAGAGUAUCAGACAAUGCGAGAGAGUCAGUUACAGCAGGAAGAUCCUAUGGACAGAUACAAGAGGGAGAACCGCAGGCUGCAAGAAGCCAGUAUGCGGCUGGAGCAGGAAAACGACGACCUUGCCCAUGAACUUGUAACAAGCAAAAUUGCCUUACGAAAUGACUUGGACCAGGCUGAAGACAAAGCAGAUGUUCUGAACAAGGAGCUUCUCCUGACCAAACAGAAGUUAGUGGAAACUGAAGAGGAGAAGCGGAAGCAGGAAGAGGAAACUGCUCAGCUGAAGGAAGUCUUCCGGAAGCAGCUGGAGAAGGCAGAGUCUGAAAUAAAGAAAACUACCGCCAUUAUUGCAGAAUAUAAACAAAUUUGUUCCCAGCUGAGUACUAGGCUGGAGAAACAACAGGCAGCAAGUAAAGAUGAACUGGAGGUUGUGAAGAGUAAAGUGAUGGCCUGCAAACACUGUAGUGAGAUUUUCAGUAAGGAGGGGGCACUAAAGCUGCCUGCUGUAAGCAGAGAGAGCCAGGGAACAGAAGUGGAUGAUGAGAAGGAUGCUCUUAAGAAACAGCUGAGGGAGAUGGAGCUGGAACUGGCACAGACUAAACUGCAGCUUGUGGAAGCCAAGUGCAAAAUUCAGGAGCUGGAGCAUCAGAGAGGAGCCCUUAUGAAUGAAAUCCAAGCUGCCAGAAACUCUUGGUUUAGCAAAACCCUGAACUCUAUCAAAACAGCCACAGGCACACAGCCACCUCAGCAGCCUCAGCCAUCGCAGCCACCCAAAGAAAGCAGUACAUAGUUCCAGCCAGAUCUCAGGCACAAGAGCACAAAGAACAACACAGUUGAACCCUGGAGGAUUUUUUUUCACUGGUCUCUCCUCUUGGGGAAAGGCAGGAAGGCAGGCCUUGAAGUGAAAUCCUUCAGUGUUUUUCAUUCAUUCUGGUGUGACCCUUUUCAAGGGGAAGUUAAAGAAUCCUGUUUUAUGUUGAAUACCUGUUUCCCAGCUGCCUUGCUGAAAGCCACAUUCUGAUACCUUCAUACUUUUACACUUUAUUUUAUAUGCCUAAAUGUUAAGAUGGAUAAUAAAUAAUUCAAAACUAAGUCUUCAGUAUAUGCCUAAUUAUAAUUAUUCAAAAUUAUUUUUGUCUUGCAUAAACCAGAUUUUUUUUCCUUCUGGGGGAAGAGACAGAGGGCAGCAUUAGAGUAUUGAAACAUAAAUAUCAAAGAAAGCACAGUGUAAUGCCAGGCUGUACUCUGGUGUCUAGGAUUGCUCAUGCCAUGGGAUCAUCUCAAAAGUUUGUAGCUGUGAUUGCAUCCCCAGAGAAGCACUUUCCCUAUAUUAUCAAGCAUAGGUCAUAGGCUACAGCCAAGAAGAUCUUCUGCACUUUUUGUUAUAGCACAAGUGGUUAUAUAAUCUUCCCUGGAAAUAGUCUGUGUUGGAUUACUUUUUUGCACAAAUGCAAGGAGUGCAGGUCUUCCUGGUACUAAACAGCAGCUUUGUUUUACUUCUUGUUUUACAGCUGACUAGAACUUAAAAAAAAAUGUUUUUGUUCCCUUCUUACUCUUUGCUGCUUUUACUACUCCAGAAAUGAUUCCUUGCAUAAGAACAAUGGUAAAACUAUUCUUUUUCUUCCAAGUAGGUAAGAAACCUUACUUAGGUUUGAUAUUCUGCUUACCCUGUGCAACAGCAGGUGUUUUUUUGAGAGGAGUCGAUGGAAGCAUCUCCCUAAAACACAAGGCUUAAGCAUUGAAUUUGACACAGAACUGAAGGCAUUGAAUCAAAAAGUUUUUUUGCACAGGAAAAUAAAACACCAUGGAAAAAACAUCUAUUUGUUUUUUAUGCUAGAUUACAGAACACUUAAGUCACUGUGUAUUUUUUUUUUAAGUGGAAAAAUAUUUAAAUGGGAAACACAACCUAGACUUUUUCCAUGGGGUAAACUUUUCUGAUGAUUCCAAGCCUGUCUGAAAAUGCAGUUGUUUUAUAUCUCUAAGACAAAAGUGCAAAAGCAUUUGUUAUGUUUUUGAUUGAACAUAAACAUGUUUAUAAAAAUAUUUCGUGGAAAAUUAACCUAUUGCUUAAACUGAUGGAAAUAUUUUUUGAAUUAUAUUUAACAUGUCUUUAAGAAAGUCUUGCAGGUAAAUAUCAUUCCUGGACAAGAGGUUAGUUGUGUGUUAAGUUUCCCAUGUUAUAAAAUUGUUUCUGGGACAUUAGUCUUGUUUUGUUUUAUUAAACUACGUAAUGCA